AUGGGAGCAGGAACCUCUGGGGAAUGCGCUUUGUGGGCUUUAUGGUGUAAAGUGGGCGAUUCCCAAGAAAAUCAACCAGGGUUUAAAUCGUCUGACAAUGGGGGCCAUGCAUCGACCACAAUGCGAACGGUUUUUACUCCACAAAGUGUCUGA